AUGUACGUCUUCUCUCCUCUCUUGCAAGGCAUACAAACGAUGGCCACUAUUUCAACAGCAACAACAACAACAACUCCACAUUCAUCAACAGCAGAAACCCCCCUCACCGAGAAUGCUUCAUCAUUUUCUUCUUCCGAAUUGAUCUAUCUGGAUUACAAUGCUACCACUCCGAUUCAUCCGGUAGUGGGACAAACAAUGAUUCCCUACAUUACGACUCACUUUGGAAAUCCCUCUUCAUCUCAUCAGUAUGGAGUAAUUACCAAGAAGGCUGUAACUCAUGCCAGAAUUCAAGUUUCUCAAUUAUUAAAUUGCUAUCCGGAGGAAAUAAUAUUUACAAGUGGUGGAACGGAAUCCAAUAAUUAUGCAAUCAAAGGUGUUGUGGAAACAGCCUUACUUCGACGAUCGGAGAUGAUGAUGAACGUAUCAAACAAGAAUGAAAAUAAUAAUUUGGAACAAGGCUCUUUAUCACCACUUGUACAUUGUAUAAGUUCAAAAAUCGAACAUCCAUCUGUAUUGGAAGUUUUUAAAUACUUGGAACAACGAUAUAGAGGUCUUGUUGAAAUUACCUAUUGUGGAGUGGAUGGUGAUGGAGUAAUUAAUUUGGACGAAUUGAGAAAUGCAUUGAGAAAGGAAACUGUUUUGGUGAGUGUGAUGCACUCCAAUAACGAAGUAGGCACUCUACAACCCAUCAAAGAAAUUGGAAGAAUUAUUCGCAAUUUUGAAAAAACAAAUGAAAUGCAAAAACAUUCCAUCCUUUUACAUACGGAUGCUGCUCAAAGCAUUGGAAAAAUACUAAUUUCUCUUUACGACAAACAAAUAUUUUCACAUGUGGACGAUGAAGAGAAGGGAACUAAGAUUCCCAUUGAUAGGAGCAAUAUGAAAAAAGAUCUCUACAAAUUGAACGAAAAUUAUGUCAGUGACUUGUUCGGGGAUGACGAUGAAAACGACAAUAUCACACCAGUUCAUUUAUUGUCAGUAUGCACUCACAAAUUUUAUGGGCCAAAAGGAGUUGGUGCCUUGUUUGUACGAAAAAAUUGUGGAAUUCAACUUCAAAAACAAAUGCAUGGAGCUGGUGUUCAUGAGAAAGGUUUUCGAUCAGGUACUGAGAAUGUCAUUGAGGUUGUCGGUUUGGGAAAAGCUUGUGAAUUGUGCUUAGUCGAGAUGAUUACCAGAGUGACACACAUGAAAAAUACAAGAGACUUACUUCAUAGAGGAUUAUUGGACCGGCUACAACAUCGAAUCUUGUUAAAGUUGAAUGGCCACGCAGAAAAACGACUUCCUAACACUCUCAAUAUUUCCUUCGCAGGUCUUGAGGCAAACACAAUUUUAGACGAUAUUUCACAACAAGUAGCUGCCAGUGCCGGUGCUGCUUGUCACUCUACUCCACCUACAGACGAUGGAGAAGAAAGAAAGUCCGCUAAGAAAAUUGUUAUUUCACAAAUUCUCGAAGAAAUGGGUGUGGAUGUUAAUAUAGGUAUGGGCACCAUUCGAUUUUCAACAGGAAUCCAUUUAACGGAGGAACAAGUCAAGAGAGCAAUUGAUAUUAUUUCAGAAUCGGUGCUUAGAAUGACUCCAGAAACUCUUUCUAUGACUCACAACAAGAUGAUCAACGCUUCUCAUAGUACUACAGAACAACAUGCCACAUCUCACACUAUGAGCCAUUCUUCUGCCCUUGUAGGAUCAUUGGUCCAAUCGAACUUGAAUAAUUUGGAUGCAACGAGAAAUACCGAGAAAGUUUUAUUGCCCACACCGACUUUGGAAGUCAAACUAACUAGUACUACUCAUGGACUUGGUUGUGGAUGUAAAAUUCGAGCUCAAACACUCUCAAGCAUACUGAAAAAUCUCCCAAUUCAACCUUUGGAUCCCAAUGUAUUGGUUGGAACCGAGACAAACGAUGACUGUGGAGUUUACAAAUUGAAUUCAGAACAAGCUCUUUGUUUAACAGUUGACUUUUUCACGCCCAUUGUGGAUUCACCAAAGGAUUUUGGAGCAAUUGCUUGUGCAAAUGCUCUUUCAGAUGUGUAUGCUAUGGGAGGAGAAUGCAAAGUUGCUCUAAAUAUUGUAGCUUUCCCUGUGAAACGAUUACCUUUAGAGAUUUUACAACAAAUUCUUGAGGGAGCACAAAUGAAAGCAAAUGAAGCAGGUGUGACAAUCAUUGGUGGACACAGCAUUGAGGAUAAUGAACCAAAAUUUGGAAUGUGUGUCACAGGUGUUGUUCAUCCUGACAAGGUUUGGAAAAAUGUUGGAUCCAAACCAGGAGACGUUUUGAUUCUUACAAAACCAAUUGGAACUGGUAUCAUUACCACUGGCUUAAAGAAGAACAUGAUCAAAAGCAGUGACGAGAGUGCCAAAAAGUGUGUGGAAUGGAUGUCCACACUCAACAAAAAAUCUUCAGAAAUUUUGAGAGGAAAAUACAGGGAGGAGCAACACGAUGUGUCCUACACCAUUCAUGGUUGCACAGAUGUGACUGGCUUUGGCUUACUAGGUCACCUCAAAGAAAUGAUGUCACUAUCAGAAUGUGGCGAGGAGAGAAUAUAUGCAGAAAUUGACUCUUCCAUGGUGCCGAUCAUGGAGAAUGUUUAUGAUUUGGUGCUAUCCGAUGUUAUUCCUGGUGGAACUGUGAACAAUAUGAAUUUUGUCUCAACAGUCACCAAAUAUGAAGAUUCUGUGAGCUCAAUUCAUAGAACCAUUUUGAAUGAUGCUCAAACCAGCGGAGGAUUGCUGUUCUCUGUGCCAUCGCAUGAAGUUGAAGAAAUAAGAAAAGAUUUUAGGAAUCAAAAUGUGGAAAUGUGGAUUAUUGGCUGUGUAAAAGCACAUCAAGACUCUCGGUCCUCAUUUUCCAUUAGAGUUGUCUAG